UGGGACCCGCACGGGAACGGUGAUGCUUUGGCUGUUUCCAGAGCUGGCGAGGUUCACAUUUUGGACUGGCGAACGGAUACAUCUGUGCCGAACGGAAAUGUCGAAUCUUUCCUGGCUCAUCGCCUUGGACUUUGUGACAUGGACUAUAAUCCGAAUAAGCCGUACGUCCUGGCAACAGCUGGGAGGGACGGGCUAUUGAAGUUUUGGGACCUCCGAGCAGCAAAACACCCCUUGCUUGUUUCUCGCGGUGGACAUUCCCAUUGGGUGUCGCAAAUAAAGUACAAUCCCUUCCAUGAUCAGCUCGUUCUGACGACAGGAACGGACUCGAUUUCUAAUCUUUGGCGAAUCAGUACAAUUUCGAGCGCUCCACUUUUGACGAUGCACGAUGAUGAUGACAAACUAUCCGAAACUUCGGCAGCCAAUGUACGCGUCAGUCGACACGAGCACAGUGAGGCGGUUUACGGAGCCAGCUGGGGUGCUGCCGAUGCUUGGAUCUAUGCGUGUGUCGGCUACGACGGCAAGUUUGUUUUGAACCAUGUGCCUAGUAAGGAGAAAUACAAGAUUCUACUUUAG